AUGUGGUCUUUCAAUGAUAGUCCAAAGCAGGCCAAGAAGCCUCGCAAAUGCGUUGACAUUCGGGUGACAACAAUGGACGCAGAUCUGCAGUUCAACGUAUCGCGUAAAGCAAAAGGCAGAGAUCUGUUUGACCUUGUUUGCAGAACCAUUGGCCUCAGAGAAACUUGGUUUUUUGGAUUGCAGUAUACCAAUAACAAAGGUUAUUACGACUGGGUCGACUUUGAUACGAAGAUUGUGUCACAAGAUGUCAAAAAGUCAGAUAACGGGUAUCACUUUUACUUUCUGGUAAAAUUCUUUCCGGAAGAUGUUUCUGAAGAGCUCAUUCAAGACAUCACUCAGCAUCUGUUCUAUCUUCAAGUUAAACAGUCAAUAGUCAGCAUGGACAUUUAUUGUCCUCCUGAGGCGUCAGUCCUUCUGGCAUCCUAUGCUGUACAAGCAAAGUAUGGAGACUAUGACGAUGCUGCACUGAAGAGCGAGUCACUGUCCCUUGAUGAGCUUCUUCCGCAAAGGGUCAUCGAUCAGUACCAGAUGACACAGGAAAUGUGGGAGGAGCGAAUUAAAACGUGGUGGAUCAAUAAUAAAGGAAUGAGCCGAGAAGAAGCUGAACUAGAAUAUCUUCGCAUAGCCCAGGACCUAGAUAUGUACGGAAUUCAAAAUUUUCCCAUCAGUAACAAAAAGGAAUCCGACCUGUGGUUGGGUGUUGGCCCCCUCGGCAUCAACGUAUACGAAAAAAACAAUAAGUUAACGCCGAAAGCUUCGUUCGCCUGGAGCGAAAUCCAGAAUAUUUCAUUCAAAGAAAAAAAGUUCGUGAUUCGAACCUGGGACAAAAGUGGAGCAACCAACGUCACUUUUAUGUCUCAGACAGUCGCGCUGAAUAAAGUGAUCCUUGAUUUGUGUAUUGGAAAUCACAACCUAUACUUACGCCGAAGGCAACCUGACUCGCUUGAGGUGCAGGAAAUGAAAGCACAGUCUAAAGAAGAGAAGCUUAGACGUCAGGCUGAAAAACAGCGUUUGGAAAGAGAGAUUGGAAUGCGUCUCCAAGCUGAAAAAGAAAAGGACCAUCUUCAGGAAGAAGUGAAAAUGUUGCGGGAGCAAGUUAUUAUCGCUCAAGAUGCAUUAAAACGUUAUGAAGAAACGGCUGACCUGCUUUCAGAAAAAGCACAGGUUAGCGAGGAGGAAGCACUGGUACUUGCCAAGAGGGCGUCAGAGGCGGAAUCAGAAAUUCAACGAAUUAGAAUAUCAGCUAUUAAGACAGAAGAGGAAAAAAUCCUUAUGGAAAGGAAAGCGCGAGAAGCAGAACUCAUCGCUACACGGAUGUUAGAAGAAUCAGAAAAUCGUGCGAAGGAAGCUGCUAAACUAAAGGAUGAUCUUUUAAAGUCAAAGCAAGCAGAAAUCCAGGCGCGUGAUAAAUUGCGCGAAUUGAUGAGUAAUCCAUACACACCCCUGUACUCUUUGAAUGAUUUUGAGCGUAAUGCCAUGCCUAACAUCGGCUCAGUGAGCAGUCUCCAGGGAGCCGUCGAAUUUCGUUCCUUUAUGGUCGGUUCCAACGCCAUUGGUGUUGAUGCAGACCAUCUACUUCCAGAUCGCGAUAUCAAGAGCCUCUCUGAGGAAAUCGAAAAAGAGAGGACAGAAUACUUAAAGAAAAGCAAGCAAUUGCAAGUGCAGCUUAGUGAACUUCGAAAUGAAAUAGAGGGACUGAAGAUCGAAGACCAUCAAACAGAGUAUGACAGAGCUUAUCAGGAAAAUCUUCAAAAUAAAGCAGACAAAUAUGCAACUUUGCGAAAGUCUGGCGCUGGCUCGACCAAGACUCGCAUUGCUCUUUUUGAUGGUCUAUAG